CCUAGUUCACCACCACCUCAAUCUUCUAGUCCACCACCAGCCUCACCUCCACCUGAACCAACUCCUUCUUCUCCUGUCAGUUCACCUCCACCAACUUCAUCACCUCCCCCUGCAUUGUCACCUCCACCACACGUACAGAAUCCAGAACCUCCUCCAGCACCACAAUCACAUGGAAAUUCAUCCCCACCACAAUCUCCUGAACCUAAAAAAGGUUCAUCAUCAUCUUCACCACCUUCACCACCUUCAUCCAACUCACCUGGGGAUGGAGGUGGAGGUGGAAAUUCACCACCAUCCCCAAUAUCUACGUCAUCAGAUAAUUCGCCUCCUUCACCAGCCUCAGGCCCUCCUAAAGAUUCGCCACCUUCACCAGCUGCAUUAUCUCCAAGUAACUCACCAUCUUCUGAUUCACCCUCAAACUCAUCAACACCAACAUCUGUAAUACAAUGGUCACCACCACCUCCAUCCUCUAAUGGUCAACAAUCUUCUCUUAAUCCUCCUUCAUCACAAGUUCCUAGUAACCAUAGUUCUGGAAACCAUUCAACAGGAAGUCCAAAGCCUGCUGGUGGCAACAGCAAUGGUACUGCAGAGACAGUUUCCAUUGGCGUUGUAAUUGUUCUUUUUUUGGUUGGUAUCAUCGGAGCAGUUGCAUGGUGCAUACGGAAGCGAAAGAAGAAGAAUUCUGUCCAUUGUAGUGGUUAUGUCAAGCCAAUCUCUGCGUGUUCCUCUCCAAAAUCAGACCCUGGCGGAUUCAACAGUGCAAAGACAUGGUUUACUUAUCAAGAACUUGUUGAGGCCACUAAUGAUUUUUCAGCGAAUAAUGAAUUAGGGAAGGGUGGAUUUGGUUCUGUAUACAAAGGCUAUCUAGCAGAUGGAAGAUAUGUCGCGGUAAAACAGCUAAAUAUUGGUGGGAGCCAGGGCGAACGGGAAUUUAGAGCUGAAGUUGAAAUAAUUAGCCGGAUACACCAUCGUCAUUUGGUUUCACUUGUAGGUUAUUGCAUUUCAGAGAACAAAAGGCUCCUCGUUUAUGACUAUGUAUCCAAUAAUACCCUUUACUUCCAUCUUCAUGUUACAGCACAAGGGAGGCCUGUCAUGAAUUGGCCAACACGUGUUAAAAUUGCUGUUGGCGCAGCUCGUGGAAUAGCUUAUCUGCAUGAAGAUUGUUAUCCUCGUAUUAUUCACAGGGACAUUAAGUCAUCAAACAUUCUUUUAGAUGAUAACUUUGAGGCCCAUGUUGCUGAUUUUGGACUAGCUAAAUUAGCUCAGGAUGCAGAAAGUCAUAUCACAACACGUGUCGUGGGAACAUUUGGAUACAUGGCUCCUGAAUAUGCAUCAACUGGCAAGCUGACUGAAAAAUCUGAUGUAUAUUCCUUUGGCGUGGUGCUUCUGGAGCUAAUUACUGGAAGGAAGUCAGUGGAUACAUCUCAGCCUUCAGGGCAAGAGAAUCUAGUUGAGUGGGCACGACCUUUGCUUAGUCGAGCACUUCAAAAGGAGGAAUUUGAUCUGUUGGCAGAUCCGUGCCUUGAAAAGAACUACGUUGGCACGGAGAUGUUCCGAAUGAUUGAGGCUGCUGCAUCUUGCGUGCGUCACUCAUCUGCAAAGAGACCAGCAAUGGGACAGAUCAUGAGAGCUUUCGAUGGUAUGGCUAUACAAGAUCUGUCAAACGGGAUGAAAGUUGGUGAAAGUGCAAUACAUAGCGCUGCACUACAAUCUGCAGAAAUAAGUUGGUUUAGGAAAAUGGCAUUCGGUAAGCAAGAUUUUAGUUCGGAUUUUUUCAGCGAAAGUAAUCAGAAUAGUAGAGAGUCAAAUGAACAUCCUUAGAGGAUUUUAUAGAACAAAAAGGCUUAUUGAAGCUAUGUAUGCAUCUGUUGAUACAUCAAAGGUACCUUAUUAGCUUAGAGAUGCCUUGGUUUAGCUUUCAUAUGUAUAAGUUCCCUUUUGGCUUUGAGUAAUUUUCACUAUAACUAGUCUACUUCCCUUUGAAUGAUAAAAAGUCAGAAAGAUUGAGAAAUAGAACUAUU